AUGUCUACUCUCAACGAUGUCGAGCAAGAAUUGCCUACUGAAGCUGAUAUGAUGGAGGAAGUUUCGCUUUUUUCCAACAUUUUGCCACAUUUCAUUCGGACAAUGAGCCAUCCAUGUUUCUUCUUGCCAUUCGUCUCAUCCGAUCUUCGACAGCAAUUCGAAAAUCUUCGAUUGCAAGCGAUUAAUUGCAAUCGGCAGGCUCGUUUUAUUCAAAACGGAGAAAACAUCAAUUUACAAGAAGAAUUUCUCCGUCUCCGUGAAUCGUAUGCUUCGAUUCAAAGGGAAUAUGAGUCAUGCCUUGCGGCUGUUGAAGAAUUGUGCGGUAUCGCCAUCACAGACCCCGUGCAAUUCAUGUCCUCCUUUAAUAAUCCCAUUGCGGCUCCCGAGCCAGAAGAUUUGGAGGGAAACUACUACGACGAAAAUGAUGAUGUUGGCUCUGAUGCACGUACUAUUGUCUUUUCAGACACCGAUUCAGAGAUUGACGAUGACAAUGAUUAUGGUAGCAUUAAUGGUGACAAUUAUCAGAUUAUGGAAGACCAGCAUUCCGAUGAAAUUUUUGCGAUAUUGAAUGAAUUAGUUGAGUAA